AUGUCGGCUUCCAGCAGCGAUUCGGCGAUCAAAGCGCCCACCGCAGUGGUCGAUGAGGCUGCCUUUAUCCUCCGAAAGCGGCGCUGCGCCAAGACCUUUGAAGAAAUGAUCGCUGUCCGACUGAAGCCGCAUAAUGGUACAGAUGACGCGAAGCCCAGCACUAAAGCUACUGUUGAAGCAGUUCAUGCGGAUCAAAGUACGCAGUCUCCGCAGAUCGACGAGGGCAUUAGCAAGCUGCUGGAGCACGGCAUCAUCCAGUCCGUGCUGGCUCUUAGCGCAAGUUCUGACCCCGCUACUGAGGCGCACUGCUGUCGAGCGCUGUACUAUUUGUCUCGAGUUCGUGCCGCUCGCAAGUCCAUGAUCACUCAAGGCGUGGUCGCCAGUCUCAAGCAGCUUUCCCGAGCCACGUCGCCAGUUUCCCGACAAGACAUGGCAGCAACUUUGUGUCAUUUAUCUGAAGAGGAAAAUGCUGUCGAGGCGCUGUUCGUGGAGGGCAUUGACCGCUCACUCUUGCGGCUCAUGACGUCGCCUAGUUGGGAGACCAAGCGGAUCUGUGCUGCCACCGUAUUCAAUUUGUCUGCUGAUGCACGGCACAUCAAGCACUUCCGUGAAGUAUUUUCUCAGCUGUUGGUUGCUGUGGCCAAAGCUAACGGAGGGAUCGGCGGCAGCAGUCUGCUAAACACCUCGUCCUCUGCGGAGCUCAACUCGUCGUCGGCCUAUUUGAUCAAGGCGAUCUACAAUGCGUCUCUGGUCUCAAAGUUCCACAGCGCGUUGCUCGGAGAGAAUAUUCCCCGCUUCCUGGCGACGCAUUUACCGCUGGUGCCUCCUGCUAUUCAAGGCUGGGCGCUGCGAGCGUUUGUAUCGAUAUGUGAAGUGCGCGCUAACCGUCAGAUCCUGCUGUCGUCUCCUUUCUGCGAGUUACUGGAGACCAUGUUGCUCUCGCCAAACGAGGAGAUCCAGGAGAUCACACUGCUGAUACUUCUCCAAUUAUCCAUGGACGAGGGGAGCCGUAUCAAGAUCUGCAACUGGCUGCCGAUCGGCUCGCUGAACAGUCUGGUGUAUCUGCACUCGUGUAUCCUGCGGAAUCUCUGCGACAGCGUGUUGACCCACCACGAGCUCAUUCAAGAGGGCACUGUUCCCGCGUUACUGGAAAUGAGCCGGAUGCCGGAAUCGACCGUGAAAGUUAACGCCAUCUGCUCCCUUUGUUACCUGACCUCGAGCUCUACAGAGGAGGUAGCGGUUCAUAUCCCCGAGCUCACCGAGCUACUCUUGACUCUGACGCAGUCAACGAACGCGCAAGACUGCAUCUUCGCAGUGGAAGCUCUGUACAACAUCUCGUGCUGUGACGACUGUGUUCCUCUCCUCUGCAAGUCGGGGGCAUUGCUGGACCGACUGCUACAACUUGCCACCGAUCCUAUACACAAGAAGGUGGCCGAGUUGGUCGCUGCUAUCGUCUACAGAUUGGCAGGAGUCGUCAGCUGUGCGCCUCAGCUGCUGAGGCGAGGAUUCCUUUCGGAGCUCGUGCAACUAAUUCGUCAGUACCCGACCUGUCGAGCCUACGCUCUGAACGCGCUGUUCCUGCUGGCGAGAAAUGGGGGAGAAGAUUUCCCACACGGCGGUGAUGAGAUCGCAGAACUCGUGCUCGCCCUGCUAAGCAAUGGCAACGAGCUUGAAAUUGCUGCCAAAAUGUGGAUGAAGCCAGCGAUUCCUGCGCGAUUCGUGAAGUGCAAGACAAACCUCGACAUUUCACAGGGCGACCCAGCAACAAUACGCAGUGGAGUCACGCUGCUCGCCCACCUUGCGCACCACCCGAAGAAUCGGGGGGCUCUUGUGCGUAAUGGAGCCGUGUUUCGCUUCCUAAAGAAGUUGAACAGAUUGCAGUCGAAGACCAAAUCCAAGUCGGGCGAUGACGACACGAUCCUGACGAACUGCGCGUUUGUAUAUUACUGCCUGACAGCCACGCAGGAAGGGUGCGAGUUUCUCGUAAAGGAGCGAGGAGUGGAAGACUUGAUCAACCUCUCGAGGAUUCGGAUCAAACACACGGGGACAAAAGCUGAGAGUAGCGACGGCAAAGUGGCUUACUCCAUGAAGGAGCUCUGCACUCUGGCUCUGUGCCGCUUGUCCUCGUUUGCCGGUCUGGAGUCACGACUCAUUGAGCAGGGGGCUAUCCAGGCAGUGAUGGUCUUGGCGCUUGUGGCGACGGAUAGCAAUACGAUCAAGGCACUGAGUAUCAUGACGCUCGCAAAUUGUCUUGUGGACGUCACCCCUCACUGCUUGCAGUCCCUCGUGGGGCACGGGAUCAUCUGGGCCCUCUCUUCAUUGUGUACAGUCGAGCAUCCCGAAGUGAGCUACGUGUGUGCGGUAUCUCUGUGUAAUUUGUCAGCUCACGCCAACAAAAUUCCCAAGUUCCUGGAUGCAGGGGCCCCUCGUGCGCUUAUUCACCUACUGUCCCACAGUGGCGGGGCGGACGCUGCCGAAGACGCGGCGAUUGUGCUCGUGACAGUCAAGACGAUCGCAAAUCUCGUGGCCAACGAGAAACUGUGCCAGGCGUUCCUCAACGAAGGACUCGAGAAACACUUGAGCGUGCAUUUCUCGUCGCCCGAGAGCAGUGAAGAGCUCCGACAGCUAGCUGCGAUGGUCCUCCUGCGAGUCACCAGUGCCAAUGGCGCCCUGAUAUCGCCGGAUCGACUCAAACUCACCAUGUUGCUGUGGAUGGAGCAGAUCAUCGACAUGAAAGAUGAAGACCUCGUGCGCAACUGUAUGCUAACGGUGCACGAUCUAACUAGCAACUCGUCGCUGGACGUGGUCGAGCUGGAUGUGCCUCAUGUGUUGCGGAUACUGGUCCAGGUGCUGCAGCGCCACCACACGCGCAACUCGCAGAUCGUGACGCUGUGUUUGUCAGUGCUGUACAACUUGUCCUGUCAGCUACCAGCCUUACCGAUGAUUAUACAGUCUGAAAUCAUGCCGUUCUUACGGCAGCAAGUCCCCAUGACCGAGACAACACUGGCAGCGCAGCGACGCAAGGGGAGUACGGGCUCUACGAGUUCAACGCACCCUCCACCGCUGUCAUCCGGGACGACUUCAGCCAACGUCCAGUUAUGCUGUCUUGUGCUGCAUAACCUAAGUUGCUGUCGUGCAGCCGACGAUGCAAAUGUCCUCGCAGCUCUGGUGUCCUGCCACGCAGUUGCUACGCUGCAUGACAUCUACUACGGCCCGUUCAACGGUCUGAAAGAACCGGCUGCGGUGGCGAUCUGCAACAUUGCAGUCGGCAAAGUGAACUCCACUCGCGUUCUCGAAGACCACGCUGGUCGUGUGUUGCUGCACUUUAUCCGCAGUGAGCACUUCCUCCCAAAGCACUAUCGCUUGGUGGCCGCAACAUUGAGGAAGCUGAGUAACGCACCUGGAAACCAGGCGUGCCUGCUCAACGCUCGAAUUGCCAACGCGAUGGUCUUUAUACUGACUCUACCGGACAUGGACAGCGAAGCGAACUCCAAUAUUCUGGCUGCGUUACGCCAAUUUUCCAGUUGCAAAGCGCAUCUCGCGCGUCUUCUGAACGACGGAGUGCUGCCGUGUGUCGUGAAACUUGCCGAUUCGCCCACCGCAACAGCUCAAAUGGUGAACUACUGCUUCGAACUCAUCUCGAAUCUCUGUAGUAUUGACUUUCAAGAGUACCUGAAGGACUGUCCGGAGAUUAACGUCAUCGGUACAUUAGCGAAGCUUUCGGACCACCACAAGCAGAGUCACCAUCACUCUCAUCUCGUACAACAGGCGCAUCAGGAGGCGACGACUUCACUGGAUUCGUAUUGUGCACGAGGGGAAGGCUGCGCGUUGGCGCUCCCCGAGGUCAUCACGAACCUCAUGAAGAGCGCCACCUUCACAACCGGCGCAGCCAAGAAGACGCUGCAGAUUAAGGCCAACUACACUGUUCCUGCUCGGAAGUGGAGUCCACAGGCCCAGCCAAAGCCGAAGGACCCGCCCCCGCUCGUAUGCAACGAAAUUCCUCCGACGGACAAUGGACAAAUUGUUUCUCCCGAAGUGAAGCAACGGAUUGGCAUCUUUUCACCACUACAGAAAGAGAUACUGGUGCGCGACGAGAAGAACGACGCCGUGGCUUCUUCUCCUGCCCCUGGUCAUGGAAACAAGUCCAUUCUGGCUCGGCGCAGUAGUGAAAGAGGUUUUGGCGCUGGAGGUCUGCGGUUGCGAUCUAGAAACACGUCGAUCGUUGGAGCGAGAAAAGUGCCACUACAACGAGGGCGCGAGUCGCGACAUCUUUCUGGCUGGUCUCAACGAGAUGGUCAAGGCUAG